CUUUCUUCUCAUUUUCCCUCUCUCUCUUGAAAUCUUGUCUCAUUUUUCACUUCCUGCUCUCAGCUCACACAAACACACACUAUCUCACUAUAUUGUAUAUUAAUGUUAGUAUACAUAGCUAGACUUGGGAGGGAAUGUGUUGUGGGUUGGGUGUUUUCAACUAUCUAACUCUGAGCUACAUCAACAAGACCACCGUAGUCACAGUCGCAUUCGCGGUGCAAGGUUUUAGGUGAAACUGUUUGCACUGCUGCUUCUUUAUUUCUGUUUGGAUUGUUCGGUUCCAAUCUUGUAACUCAGACUUUAGAUUAUGCUGUCUGGUAGCUGCGGUAACUUCCAUGUUCAUGCCUAAACUUAAGGUAAAAAUGGUGCACCGCGUCUGGAUUAUGAACUUGUGAACAGACAGAAAAAGUUUCCCUGUCUAUGUAUUGUUCUGAGGUUUAAGAGCUGAGGUAAUUGGGUUUUUUUAUUUCAAUUCUCCCAUGGAAUGCAACAAGGAUGAAGCUCUAAGGGCUAAGCAAAUUGCUGAAAAUAGAAUGCAAAGUGGUGACUUUGUAGGGGCACUGAAGUUUGCUACAAAAGCCAAAAGACUGUUCCCUGACAUUCAAAACAUUGCUCAGAUCCUUACUGUUUGUGAGGUUCACUGUGCUGCACAGAACAAACUCUCUGGGUCUGACAUGGACUGGUAUGGAAUUCUUCAGACUGAACGAUUCGCUGAUGAAGCAACUAUAAAGAAACAGUACAGGAAGCUUGCACUGUUACUUCAUCCUGAUAAAAAUAAUUCUGCUGGUGCAGAGGCUGCUUUCAAGUUGAUUGGGGAAGCUAACAGAAUGUUGAGUGACCAAACAAAGCGUUCUUCAUAUGACAUAAGGAUUAGAGUCCUUGGGGGAAAUACAGCACCGAAGGCUCCAUCCCAUCACUCAAAUGGGAGCUCAUUUGGGUCAAAAUGUGAUGGAAAUGCAAGAAAUUAUCAGAAUACUUUUAAUUCACACUCCCGUACUUGGAGUUCCCAUCAGCGGGAUGAACAGCAGACAUUCUGGACAUCUUGCCAACAUUGUAAUACUAGGUAUGAGUACUACAAAACCAUUGUAAAUGCUACCUUACGUUGUCAACAAUGUUCUAAAUCCUUUAGAGCUCAUGAUUUGGGGCACCAGGGUGUGUCACCAGGAUAUACACGGUCAUCAUUUGAUAACCAGAAAGAGGCUCCAAAGCAUGUGUCACCAAAAGCAGCAUCAAAAAGUAAUGGUGGAAAACCUUGUGGUAGAGGACAGGAGGAUAAAUUUGUGCGGUCUUUUCCUGUCUCUAAGACAAAGGGUGGUGUUGAAACAUCCAACCGUGCUACAUCUAAAGCCAAGGAAUCACAAUCCUCAACAAAUGUUGGAAGUAAGAGAGCAAGGCAGUCAGCAUCAGAUUCGAGAGAUGAUAACAAGGCUGGAAAUGGUGUUGAUCCAUCUGGACUUAAUGCAGGAGUACACCCUAGGAGAUCUUCCAGGAAAAAGCAACAUGUUUCAUGCACAGAAACUGCUCAAGAUGGUGAUUUUGAGAGUUCUUCCAAAAGGACACAAAAAUAUGAAUCAUUUAAUGCCACUGAAGUGGAGAAAAGAGAAGUGCCUGCAAGUAGUGGAUUGUUCAAUAACAAAAAUUCAGCUAGUUUCACUGUGGGGGUGAGUGGUCAAAAUGGUGACGUGAGUAACAAAGCAAGUGCCUCACUUGAAGAAACGCUCUUAAGGAAUAAAAUCGAAAUUGAGCAGUCAAAAGUGCAAAGAAAGGAUGUAUCCAAGUCAGAUCUUGAUGAUAGAAAGUCAAAAGCCGAUAAUUAUUCUCCACUGAAUCCAGAUUUCCCUCCCGAUUCAGAGAUUUGCUGUCCUGAUCCAGAUUUUAGUGAUUUUGAGAAAGAUAGGGCAGAGGAUUGUUUCGCUGCUGAUCAAUUCUGGGCUAUUUUUGAUAAUAAUGGUUGUAUGCCUAGAUUCUAUGCUCUUGUCAAGGAAGUGUUCUCCCCUUUCAAGUUGCGGAUUAAAUGGCUGGAAGCUAACCCAGAUGACCAGGGUGAGUUUGAUUGGCAUUGUGCAGGUUUGCCUGUUGGUUGUGGUAAGUUCGAACUUGGUCGUUCUCAGAUAACUACGAAUCGUGAGAUGUUCUCUCAUCAGAUACAUUGCAAAAGAGGAAGCGCCAGAGGUUCCUAUCUGGUAUAUCCUAAGAAGGGUGAAACUUGGGCAAUUUUUAGACAUUGGGAUAUGGGAUGGAGUUCUAAUCCAGAAAAUCAUUCAGAGUAUCAAUUUGAAUAUGUGGAAGUCCUAUCUGAUUUUGAUGAGAAUGUUGGCAUUAAAGUUGCUUAUCUUGGCAAAGUGAAAGGGUUUGUUAGUCUCUUUCAGCAAAAUGUGCAGAAUGGAAUUUGCUUAUUUUGUGUUCCACCUAAUGAGCUAUAUAGGUUCUCGCAUCGGAUUCCUUCGUAUAAGAUGGCUGGUGAUGAAAAGGAAGGUGUUCCAAGAGGAUCUUUUGAACUUGACCCUGCUGGCCUGCCUAAUAGUCUUUUUGAAGUUGGUGAUCCUGGUGAUGUAAUAAAAGAGCAUGAAAUGUUAAACAAUGGAGUCAAUUUUCCGUGCCAUGAAUCCUCUAAAUGGAAAGUUGAACAGUCAGUGUCUAAUGAGAGUAUUCACAAGGCAAAGUUGCAUGAGAUUAAUGAUGCUGAAAGAGCUUCGUCAAUCCUUAGAAGAUCACCUCGGUCAAACCAAAAAGGUAAGGAAAAUGGUCAAGCAAGCUUUAAUCAAUAUGUUGUCAGAGAGGAUGACGAAGAUAUUGGCUACAGGGACUACAGUCAAACUGAGGGAAUCACUGCUGCAUGUCAGACUAAUGAGAAGGUCAAGACACCACAGAAACAUGAGAAAAAUAAUUAUGAAAGAGAGACAUUGAAAGUACGAAGGUCGCCUAGAGAUUUAAGCAAGAAAGAUGCUCAAGGAGAUGCUGGCGAAUGGAAACCUUGCAAGUUGACUGAUAAUCAUUCAAACGUCAUUUCUCAGUCGCCAGGAAGUGUUCGUGCAUGUUUGAAAAAAGAUUGCAGAGUUGUGGGAGCAUUGUGUUUUGACUUUAAGAAGGAAAUAUCUGAAAAAAUGUUUCAGUGUGAUCAGAUAUGGGCAAUAUAUGGUGAUAGGGAUAAUAUGCCUGACAAUUAUGCUCAAAUUAGGAAGAUUGAAUUCACCCCUGAUUUUAGAUUGUACGUAUCCCUACUUGAACCCUGCUCACCAUCAAAAGGCUUAAAAAGAAUAUCUUGUGGUACUUUCAAAGUGAAAAAAGCUGAAUCACAAAUUGUCUCUCUAUCUGCGUUCUCCCAUCAAUUGAAUGUUAAACCCAUGGCAAAUAAUAUAUAUGAAAUUUACCCUAGAAAAGGUGAGAUUUGGGCUGUAUACAAGGACCGGAAUUAUGAACUGACUUCUUCAAACCGAUGCAGAGGUGAAUGUCAUAUAGUAGAAGUAUUAGCAGAUGGCGACAAGAGUAUACAAGUUGUUGUUCUGAGGCCUCUUAAAAGCUCUCGGCCAAUUUUCAAGGUUCCUAGAAGCCAGAGAUCUAAAACUGCUGUAAUUGAAAUAUUAAGAGAAGAGGUUGGUAGAUUUUCGCAUCAGAUUCCUGCUUUUCAGCACAGUGGGGAAGAUAUCGGAGGGUGUUGGGAGCUUGAUCCUUCUUCAGUUCCUGGUUCUGUCAUACAAAUAGACUGAAAUAUUGCCUUUAUUCUCUCUCUUGCCCUCUUUUUUUGUUGAAUUCUGAACUUGUGUUUUCUUAUGAUUUAACCAGCUUUUCUAUGAAGAAGCAUUGAAUGGAAAUGUGUUCAAGAGAUUUCCUCAUUCCAUGAUUUGAUCAUUCACAAUAAUUUCAACUAAUGUUUUUUUAUCUUCUGGCCAUCUUUUUCGUUAUCUUUGGUGAAUGCUUGAUUCAGUGCCGUUCUUCUGACACAGGACGCUUAGUCUUGUGUUGGGACUUGACAUUCAUUCCUUAACAGUGUCAACGUCCUAUGAUGUCCUGAUUUUGCCCCCAAUAAGAUACUUUUACUAUGCCACUCGCCAGAGGAAAAAUAAGUCUGGCAAUACUCUGAUAGGGCAUCAUGACAGGGAGAAAUGGGACCUUUCCUGGUAUUACGUUUUUAUCUUUAUAUAUUGCUAAUUGUGCUCCUUGGAUUGACUGUGUCCCUCUUCUAAUACGACUUUCCAACAUUGUUACCCAUGAUACUCGGCCAAGGCUCUUAACAAGGAUAAGAUACACUUUCUACUUUCUUGGGCAGAUUGGGGCAAGGCAUAAUGCAUGUUAGCUUCUUUGGAGAGAGCAAUGUCUUAACGCUCGCAACACGCGACAAUGCUCCAUCGUUUGAAAGGUUUUUUUCACUCACUCAUGUUUUAUCCGUUUGUACAGGUCACCCCUUCAAUUGCAUUUGAAUUAUGAUUUUGUUUUGUUUUCCAACUGGGAGUUGGAGGCCAAGAUUAACUAAUAGCUAUUCUCGUCGAAUUGUUAGUAUUUG